UUGUAUCGUAUCGUUGUGGAGUCGGUCACCUGCGCACGCGCCGCAGCUGCAUACCUCAUGCAUCCCCAUGAACUAAAGGGUGUUCAUGGGAUAGAGAGUCGGCGUCGCCACGUCAAAGUGCUAUCGGCUUCCGGCGCGGGUUAUCGUGUGACCUCCCGAAACCCAGCAAUUAGAAACCCCCCCCCCCAAGCCCUCCACCACUUCCGCUCCCAACCUCCAGACGGUUGGAAGCAAACACACGCUACAACAAACAUCUUAUCUGAACAUUACACCGAUCGAAUACCAAACGCUGUAAUUUAA